AUGGGCCAUGUCAGGGGUGAUGUUGGCUGCUGGGUCCUGCUUGGAUGCCUCCUCCUGCCUGCCUCUGUUCUGGGUUCCCAGGAGAUUGGGAAAGUGAUCCAAAUCAACAAAGUCCACCACCAGCCCCUCCGGGUGGGCCUGGCUGAGCCGGUGGCUCUCCCCUGCUUGUUCCUGCUACAACCCUCCUCCUCCCUGGGCCCCAACGAGCUAUCUGACCCGCCGCGUAUCAAGUGGAGCAAGGUGCAGUCCGCUGCAGGGCAGCCAGAGGACGUCUCAGUGCUGGUGGCGAAGGACAAUGUGGUGAAGAUCUCCAAAGGGUAUGAAGGGAGGGUCUCCCUGCCAGGUUACCCGCAUCGCCGCUACAAUGCCACGUUGCUGCUUUGGGCUGCCCGGGCCAGUGACGCUGGCCUCUACCGUUGCGAAAUAGUGGCCGGGAUUCAUGAUGAGCAAGAUCUGGUACCCUUGGAAGUGACAGGUGUGGUGUUCCAUUACCGAGCUGCCAGCAACCGUUAUGCUCUGACUUUUUCGGAGGCCCAGCAAGCCUGUCGUGAGAACUCUGCAGUCAUCGCCUCCCCGGCCCACCUCCAAGCAGCAUUUGAAGAUGGCUACGACAACUGUGACGCAGGCUGGCUGGCUGACCGCACGGUCAGGUACCCCAUCACCCUUUCUAGGCCUGGUUGCUACGGAGAUCGCAACAGCCUCCCAGGGGUCCGGAGCUAUGGCGAGAGGGACACCGAGGAAGCGUAUGAUGUAUAUUGCUUCUCCAGAGAGCUGCAAGGAAAGGUUUUCUACGCAUCCAGCCCUGGACGACUGACAUUUCAGGCGGCCAGGAAGUACUGUGUCAGUCGGGGGGCACUGUUGGCUACCACCGGGCAGCUAUACCUCGCUUGGAGGGAAGGCCUCGACCAGUGUGACCCAGGCUGGCUUGCCGAUGGAAGUGUUCGCUAUCCAAUUCGCAUCCCACGGAAGAAGUGUGGUGGGGAGGAGCCUGGUGUGAGGACCGUCUACCAGUUCCCAAACCGGACAGGUUUCCCAGAUGCAGCUAUGAAGUUUGAUGCCUUCUGCUUCAAAGCACGGCAACCAGCCAAGAAACAAGAAGGUCCCAGGGACCGAGAGCCCAUCGAGCAGGAUCCAGAAGGCAGCCCCGAUUCAGGGAUCGAGAACGUCUUAGUGGAGCAUGACGCAGACCUGCCACUUCUGACCCAGAAUGAGCUUUUCCCAAAGGACAACGAUGACUCUAUCAUGUCGGGAGAUUCCAAAGAACUUCCCAGGGACCCGUACAGCCCCUUGCACAAAGCGCCAAUCCCGUUAUUAGAAGAUGACGAACAGCUGCAGUUGGUGACGGAUUUUCCAGCAGGGAAAGGAACAGGGAGGGAGAGAACAAUGACAACGAGGGCUCCUCUUUGGAGAGGAGACGGUAAAGACACAUUUCCAGAACCCGCCUACAUCUCCUCUCCUGAUGUUCCAGACAACGACCAACAUCUCAACCGGGUUGACCAGACUCCAACCUAUGAGUCAAAGCAGCGUGAUAUGGACAGGCUAAGCUCCACGGAAGAAUCAUCCAGCGUCAGCCCGAUGUCUGGGAUGUCCCCUUCUUUGGCUAAAGGUGGCUUCUCUCCAGAGGAGGCCACUCAUCCGAUAGAUCCGAUCUGGUUGCAAGGAACCACUCACAGGGUGAUCCCUCCUGGGACUGCAUCAACGAACCUGCAGCAGCCCUCCCGAACCCACAUCCCUAAGGGGCCUCCAGCAACCCCCACGCUCGCCCCUGCCGUGACGAUGCAUAGAGAGCACUCCCUCACUACAGCGGUGACUCUGGCCUCUGCAGGCCUCCCUGAAUCAACCCGGAAAAGCAUUUACACUGGAUUGAAUGGGCGCUAUUUUCAGCAAGGCCAAGAAGGGCCAGGCAUCUGGGGAGACCCAGACCGUAACAUUGCUCCACCCACAGCCCUUCCCGUCUUGGCCCUGGAAGAGCAAAAGAUGGUGGAUAACUCUAUUGCUCCCCCUGCUGGAGCACAGACGAGUCCUGUAUCCUCUCUGGGCCUGAACUUUCCAGUUUCCAAUGAAGUGGAAGGGAACCGAUUAGCAACUUCUGAGAAUCAGGGCCGCCCAGAGAUGACUUUCUCUCCUGCAUCUUUCUCUUUGCGAGACACGGGUGCUGAAGAGGCCAGCCGUCAGCAUCAGAUCUCUGAUCUGCCAGAGAGCCAGCCCUUCCCUACAGAGCACCAGCAUUCUGACACAUCAUUGCCAGUCAUGACCAAUGGGGCACUUUAUUCCCAAGAGGCUGCCACAGCAACAGGAGAUGAAGAUGUACCCCUGGGCACUGGCAUCCGAGGAGACUACCCUCAGGGACUGCCGCAAGCUGUGGACAACGAGGGCGGGUUCUCGGGCAACGAAAAUGUCACUCCAACGAUCCCAACCAAUAUUCAGCAUCCGAGGCGCGAGUCCCACUCUGAUGAAGGGAGUGCCCAGCCUGAAUACGACUCCCAAGGAACUCCAGAGAAGAAUGUGAGCUUUAUGGAAGAAGUUCCAGGGCCUAAUUUCCAAGCUCAGCAUCCCUCACCGAGGGUUUCACAGGGACUGAUGGAGAAAGAUAGGCUGUAUUCCGCCAAACAGCAAAGGGAGGCCAGCAUACUCGACGUGGCAGGAAAGGAAUCCAACUUCGAAGAGCCUAGCCGGCGUUCAGAAGACCCGGCUGAGCUGAGAGGGGAAGAAGCCAUCACCUUGCCACCCGAGGACGUUCCUUCUCUGACCCCUGACAACUUUUACCCACAUGCCGCUCGACUUCUUUCUAGGGGACCUGAGGAGUGGCUAGCAGCUGGUAACCAAGACGUCCAGGAGGCCACAAUGGAUGUGAGGCUGAAAGGCCCUGAGGAGAUCGUAAGCCUGGCACCAACAGAUGGCUCAGCACACAUGGAAACCGUGAGCCUUCUUGAGCCAAAAAACCCUCAGGAUGCGGUAAGUCCUAGCACAGGCAGCCAUUUUGAAGUCAACACGACAGGCCCCAGUCACCAAGCUGGUGUGAUGCUUCCAGAAGCGGUCAGCAUAGCUGGACACGGCCUUGUCUACCAGCAACAUGGAGCUACCACUGGGCCUCCUGUCCACAGUGAAGCUUACCUCCACACUUCUACCUGGCUCGUUCCGGACAAGGAUGUAGAGGCCCUGACCCAGCAAGCUAUCAAAGAAGAGGACCAGACACAGUGGAGUUCAUCUGACACGAGGCUCUCUCUGCUACUCCAGAGUGUGUCAGAGCCUACAAGCCCUCAACAGCCCGGAGAUUUCCCCCCAAGCUUGGGGCCACCCAUCCACUCCAGCAAGGAAGCAGCGGAAGCUGGACAGGACAAAACAGGUUACCUUCCCGUCACCCCAGGCGAGCUCCAAGGGUUUUUCCCAAUGGAGGCUGAUAGCGGAAGUGGAGAGGACAAGGGGGAGCCAUUUGCGGUCGAAGGAGUCGGGAGUCUGGCGUGGACUGAGGAGGCCAACAGCAGCUCUCUGGCUGAGACCGAUCCUUGCGACAAUGAGCCCUGUUUGCAUGGUGGGACCUGCCAGUCCAGUGGGAACAUUUCCAGCUGCAGCUGUCCACAGGGGUUCACAGGAGAGAACUGUGAAAUAGAUAUUGAUGACUGUCUGUCGAGUCCCUGCCAGAACGGCGGCACCUGCAUCGAUGAAACCAACUCCUUUGUUUGCCUCUGCUUGCCCAGCUAUGGGGGAAACCUGUGCGACAAAGAUACAGAGGGCUGUGACCACAACUGGCACAAGUUCCAGGGCCAUUGCUAUCGCUACUUUGCUCACCGGCGCUCCUGGGAGGACGCAGAAAGGGAUUGCCGUCGGAGGUCAGGUCAUCUAACCAGCAUCCACUCGUGGGAGGAGCAUAACUUCAUUAACAGUUUUGGACAUGAGAAUACCUGGAUUGGACUCAAUGACCGCAUCGUGGAACAGGAUUUCCAGUGGACAGAUAACACGGGAUUGCAAUAUGAGAACUGGCGUGAAAACCAGCCAGAUAACUUCUUUGCGGGUGGCGAGGACUGUGUGGUGCUGGUGUCACAUGAGACUGGCAAGUGGAAUGACGUCCCAUGCAACUACAACCUUCCCUAUGUCUGCAAGAAGGACACAGUGCUGUGUGGGGCUCCCCCCUCGGUCGAGAACGCCUAUGCCAUAGGCAAGAAGAAAGAGAAGUACAGUGUCCAUUCCACAGUGCGCUACCAGUGUGAGGAAGGAUUUGUCCAGAGGCACUUGCCCACCAUUAAGUGCCAUGUCAACGGGACGUGGGACCGGCCCAGAAUCCUCUGCACGAAACCCAGACGGUCCCAUAGAACCCGGCGACACCAUCGCCACCGCCACCAACAUCACCAACACCACCGCCACAAAUCCCGUAAGGACCGGCGAAAACAUCCGAAGCAUCCGAAGUUGGACUGGACAGAGGAGGAUGGGAACUACUUUUAA